AUGCCUCUGAACGGCACUCAAAAUUUCAAUUAUGAGCUUAAAGACCUUGAGUCCCGAGCUCACGAUGCAAAGACUCCUUCAACGAAUGAAUUCUAUGAUGACGUAGAAUCGCACGGAACAGAAGAAUUAGUUGAAACUAAACUGUCGGUUUUGAACAGGAUCGCUGCUGGCCUAAGUGCCGAGACAAAGGGUAUUGAACCGAUUACAGAGGAAGAAAAAACGGAUGAUUCUAUACUGAACGCUGCAUCUAUGUGGUUUUCAGCUAACAUGGUUCUGCCUGCCUACGCCAUUGGCGCCCUAGGACCUAUGGUGUUUGAUCUAAAUUUUGGCCAAAGUGUUCUGGUCAUCAUUUUCUUCAACCUCUUAGGUUUGGUAUCAGUCGCCUUCUUUUCUGUUUUCGGUGCAGAACUGGGUCUAAGACAGAUGGUUUUGUCCAGAUAUUUAGUUGGUAAUAUUGCAGCUAGAAUCUUCUCUUUCAUUAAUUUUAUUGCCUGUAUUGGUUGGGGUAUCGUUAACACAGUAGCAAGUUCGCAAGUUUUGAAUAUGGUUAACCCCGGUCAUCAAUGCCCUCUUUGGGCCGGUUGUAUAGUCAUUAUUGGUGCUACUGUGAUUGUAACUUUUUUCGGCUAUGGAGUCAUUCAUGCUUACGAGAAAUGGGCAUGGGUACCAAAUUUUGCCGUUUUUUUGGUAAUUAUUGCUCGUCUCGCAAGGUCUAAGAAAUUUGUCCUUGGGGAAUGGACAUCUGGUCCCACUACUGCAGGUAACGUGCUUUCAUUUGGAUCAACUGUUUAUGGGUUUGCUGCAGGCUGGACAACAUAUGCCGCUGAUUAUACCGUCUAUAUGCCAAGGAAAACGAAUAAGUAUAAAAUCUUCUUCUCACUUGUAGUCGGUUUAGCAACACCGUUAUUUUUUACUAUGAUUCUUGGUGCUGCUGUGGCAAUGGCCGCUGUCGGUGAUCCAGCCUGGAAGACGUAUUAUGAUGAAAAUUCGAUAGGUGGUUUAACGUUUGCUGUUCUUGUUCCCAACUCUGUUCAUGGAUUCGGUCAGUUCUGUUGUGUGUUAUUAUCUUUGUCUACUAUCGCUAAUAAUGUUCCCAACAUGUACACUAUUGCUCUAUCAGUGCAAGCCACAUGGGAACCUCUUGCAAAAGUCCCAAGAGUUAUUUGGACUUUAUUAGGUAAUGCAGCCGCACUGGGUAUUGCCAUUCCUGCCUGCUACUAUUUUUCUACCUUCAUGAAUUAUUUUAUGGAUUCUAUCGGAUAUUAUUUGGCUAUCUAUAUUGCCAUCGCAUGUUCAGAGCAUUUUAUCUACAGGCGUUCCUUCAGUGCUUACAAUGUUGAUGAUUGGGAUAACUGGGAACGUCUACCUAUCGGUAUCGCGGGUACUGCUGCCUUGAUUGUGGGUGCCUUCGGUGUUGCAUUGGGUAUGUGUCAAACUUAUUGGGUUGGCGAAAUUGGGCGCUUAAUUGGUGAUUAUGGAGGUGACAUUGGGUUUGAGUUGGGGUUAAGUUGGGCGUUUAUUGUUUACAACAUUGCUAGACCAUUGGAGCUUAAGUACUUUGGUCGCUAA